AUGUUCAAAAAGAUCAAGCGAGGUCUACCUGCAAUUCCGACUGCACCUAACCCUUGCUCAGCCUGCAAGGAGAAGCAGCCAUAUAUGCCGAGUGACAUUCCUUUCAUUUCCAUCAGGCCCACAUUUUGCGACACCGAAAUGGAACGGUAUGCCAAUGCCGAAUUCAGUAUGGACAGCGCAGGUCUUCUAAAUAUCCUCUAUCAUCACUUGGGAAGAUUCCCGGAGAUUAAGGCAUUCGGAGGCCUUCUUGCUGUCUGGCUGCUUGUUCGCUGGGUUCGCUACUAUCGCUCAUGGAUUGAUCUACCCACCGUUGGCCCUAAGGGAAUUCUGGCGUCUAGAUGGUCCGGGCUAAAGUGGCCAGCGAACAGUGACCAAUUGCUUCAAGAAGGAUACGUCAAGCACGGCGAUUAUGCGUUCCAAAUACGGACACGGAACAGGUGGGAGGUCUGUAUAUGCAACGAUAAAAUGGUUCGCGAAUAUCAGGUCCUCGGCCCUGAGUACGCAUCCCUGGACGCCGUCAGUGAAGAUCUAUUCCAGACCAUGUACACGUGCCCGGGUGUUGCAGACUCGCUCAACCACGUCCCGGUGGCAGCUCUCUCAAAGGCCGUGGUUUGGUCAAGAAACCGAACAACAGGAAAGAACUCCUUAUACUUUCAGGAGCUCGUCAAGGAGCAAGAGUUUGGCAUGAUCGCGGAACUCAACAUCCCUCCGGGCGUGUGGUGUGAUUUCGACUGCCUUCCGGUUGCACUGGCGUUGAUGCUGCGCAUGAUCGGACGAGUGUUGGUGGGACACCCGCUCUGCCGUGACCCUGAUGCCAUCGCGUUGUUCAUGAGGUAUGGCUCGGCCGUCCCAGUCAGUGGAAAUCAGAUUUCGUGGCUGCCACGCAUAUUGAGACCCUUGUUGGGUCCGCAUUUUGCCGCUUCUCGCAUGCAGGCUGAACUGAGCGGUCUCAUCGUCGAAGACAUGAAGCACGGUGCCGAUGCCAAAGAAGACCAGAUGACACUUGCCCAGUGGGUGUGGGAGUGGACAAAGCGAGAAACACCCGGCGAGUACACCCCAUUCGAUGUGGCUGGGUUGCUGGUAUCCUCCAUCUUUGGCGCCGUUCACACCGCCGGCUCGGUACUUACAAAGUGCUUCUACGAGCUCACUCAACGGCCCGAGUUGAUCGAAGAUCUUCGCAACGAAGUUGAGCAAGCCAUCCGCGACCAUGGAGGGGUCUGCAGGGAAUCUAUCGAAGCCAUGACGAAACUGGACAGUUUCAUUAAAGAAACCAUGCGCCUGCAGCCCGUGGGUCCAGCCACAGUGCAUCGCAUCAUUAAGAAAGACUACACCUUUACUAACGGCCUAAAGCUACCCAAGGGAACAUUGGUUUUUGCCCCAAAUACGCAGCUCCAUAUGGAUGAACGGUACUACGAUAACCCGGAAGAAUUUGAUGCGUUCCGAUUCCACAAGCUCGGGAAGCAGUCGGACAAACCAAACAACUACAAAAUAGCUGGCUCGACCCCUAGAACACGCCAGUUUGGUGACGGGAAGCACGCCUGCCCGGGCAAGCAACUCGCUGCGGAUCUGCUGCGUCUCAUCUUGGCCCACUUCUUGUUUAAAUUCGACAUCAGGAAGUGUGAUGAAGACACUAGCUACCCUUCUUUAGAACAACGACGCAUGUCUAUCAAGCAGCGUACACCUUCACCCUCAGCCGUUGUAUAA